AGGGACCUAUUUUUGCUUAGAACUUCUCUCUCACCGUCUCUGCCUAUUCUCUUUCACUUCCACAAGUUCUAAAACAAACUUUGUUUCCUUUCUUGUCCCCUCAAAUUUGCCUCCUACUUUUGGGUCUUGGGUUUAUUUGACAUGUGAAUAAUAAAAACCUUGUUUGGGGACAGGUUCAAGUGCUGAAGAUGCACAUCAACUGUGGAGGAUGCAAGCGCAAAGUCAAGAAACUCCUGCGCAGAAUCGAAGGUGUUUAUAAGGUGGAAAUAGAUACAGAACAAGAUAAAGUCACUGUCACAGCUACCGUAGAUUCUGAUACUUUAAUCAAGAAGUUGGAGAAAUCAGGUAAACAUGCAGAGAUUUGGCCUCCAAACAACUACCACCAAAUCCAGCCCAACCAAGAACAGGCCUUUGCUGAUUGGAUCAAAUAUGGAAAGGUCCAGAACCAAAUUCGGGGUCCCAUAAAGGGCUUGAGAGGCACCAAAAGAAGGCCUAUGAUGGGCCCACCAUGUGGCCCAGAAGUUGAUGAUGAGUGGGCCUAUUAUGGGCAUCUGAACCAGGACAUAGGAAGGAGGCAGCAGCCUUUCACGGCAAAUACAGUGGUGGACAACGUGCAUAUGGGUGCUAUAGAUGGAUAUAGCAUGGAUGGUGAUGGCAACAUGAAGUCAAUGAUGGGUUUUCAAGGUUUUAGUGCCAGUGAUACAGGGUUGCCAUCGUUCGAACACCAUCACCCUCCACCAUACAUGAUCCUGAGCAACAUGCAAGGCCGACCCCACUACAAGCAAUCUCCAAUGAUGAACAUGGACACGUAUGGCAUGCAACCGAUGAACAACCCAAUGAUGAACAUGGAUACGUAUGUUAUGCAACCGAUGAACCACCCAAUGAUGAAUAUGGACACGUACGGCAUGCAACCGAUGAACCACCCAAUGAUGAACAUGAACACAUAUGGCAUGCAACCGAUGAACAACCCAAUGAUGAGUCAAUACAUGCACGUGCAUCAACCCCAGAGGACCAAUUAUGCAGCUUCUCCUGUUACUCCAAACAAUGACUUUUAUGGCAACUUCAGCUAUGUACCAUACAUGGCAAAUAUGUAGAAGGAGAAUAACAUAUCAUAAAAUGAGAGUGCAGAGAAAAAAAAAAGCUGGAUAGCAAAGCGAUGGUGAUGAACUGGGAGAACUAUGUUCGUAAUCAAGAAUCAGCUAUACUAAUUUGUGAUACAAUCUCAGGUUGGGUUACAUUAAGUCUAACUAUUGCCUUAGUCAUUA